AUGGAGGACCGGCUUGCACGUCUUCACUUUGGGGACCAUAACUGGGGAUCCCAGGUUGGCAUAAGCAACGGCCCCAUCAGUAACGUAUUCCACCUUCCGCAAGAGCAACCGGAAGUGGCGCCGGAGCCGUUUGCCCUGAUACCCUUUUGUCGUGACCCGGAUUUCGUCCGUCGCGGAGACAGCCUCGAGCAGAUCGCGCGACGGUGCUCCCAGCCUCCCUAUCGCGCAGCCCUCGUCGGCUUGGGCGGCGUGGGCAAGUCACAGCUCGCUAUAGAAUACGCCUACCAGACCGCCUCGAACACGGAUCGGACGUGGGUGUUCUGGCUCCACGCGGGCACGCUCGCCCGUAUGCAGGAAGGCUUUCGCGCGAUUGCCAACACCCUCAAGCUCGCGGGGCGGAAGGACCCCGAGGCCGACGUUCCACAGCUCGUCUGCAGCUGGCUGUCGUCUGCAGCAAACGGGAGAUGGCUCGUCGUUCUCGACAAUGCCGACGACGGCGAUGUCUUCUAUGAGAAGAGUGACGAGUCAGCAACCCGGGUGCUCGCGGACUACUUCCCCCAGAGCUCGCACGGGUCGAUCCUCGUCACGACGCGCAGCAAGGACCUGGCCCGGAGGCUGGUUGGUAACAUGAACCUCGUAGAGGUCACAACGAUGCAGGAAGCAGAGAGCCUGUCACUCCUGGAGAAGAAAGCGGGAGCCAUCGCAGAGUCGGAUACAGACACGGCUGUGGAGCUGGUGCGUGCUUUGGAGUGCUUCCCGCUGGCCAUCACCCAAGCAGCUGGGUUUCUCCUGGCAAGAGCAUCGCGCACCUCGCUCAAGAAGUACCUCGACGAUUUCAAGAAGAGCAGGCGCGGGAGGACCAGGCUCCUGGAGCAAGACUUUGGGGACCUGCGGCGUGACGGGAGCGCGUCCAACACCGUCCUGGUCACCUGGCAGCUGUCUUUCGAGUACAUCAGCGCCAAAAGGCAGUCUGCCGCGGACCUCUUGUCUGUCAUGAGCUUCUUCAACUGCCAGGGGAUUCCCGAGUCUCUGCUCCAGCAGACGAGCCAGUUCGACUUUAGCAGGAGCGACUGGUUCGAGAAGAUUCCGGCUGCCGGCUGCGAAGAGGCAGAGAGUGAUUGCUCCGAGGAGGGAGAAGGCUCCGAGUUCAGUAGCAAUGCCGAGCGCUUCGAGCAAGAUGUGGCCAUGCUGAAGGACUUCUGCCUCAUCACCGAGAGAGUGGGCCAGCAUGCAGACGAGGACGAAGCCCGACUCGGACACGACUUUGAGAUGCACGAGCUCGUGCAGCUGUCCAUGAGGAAAUGGCUUCAGCUCCAAGAGCGCCAGGAACUGUUCCGGCAGUCUUGCAUCGAACGCCUCUUCGCUUCCCUUCCCGAUGAAACUUUUGAGAAACCUUUUGAGAACCGGGCCACAUAUCGAAGGCUGCUGCCACACGUCGAGAUGGUCGUCAACGACAGACCGGCAGACAGCCGCCGUGGGAGGCCCUGGGGGUUCAUCCUGGUUGCUACCGGCGGCUAUUGCCUAGAGCAAGGACUAUACACCGUGGCAGACCGCAUGCUCCGCAGGGCGCGAGAGUUCUUCCAGCUUCCAAGGGAGGCCAAGGAGAUGAAGGUUUACAGCGCAUAUUCGUAUGCGGCGGUGCUAUGCCAAAGGGGGCGCUGGGCAGAUGCAGAGGGGCUUGUUCUGCAGGUUCUGGAACUGUGCAAGGAAAGCUUUGGGGAGGAUCACGGCCUGACGCUGAGUGUAGAGUGCGCUCUUGCGUCGGUGUAUGAGAACGCGGCGUGCUACGGCAAAGCUGAAGAGUUGGGCGCACAGGUGAUUGAGGCCCAGAAGAAGGUACUUGGAGUUGAUCACCGUGGUACGUUGGCGAGCAUGAACAAUCUUGCCCAAGUAUAUUAUAAGAAGGGCCGCUUUACUGAGGCUGAAGUGCUGGGAGGGCAGGUUUUGGAGGCUCGGAAGAGGGUGCUCGAGGAUGAUCAUCCUUUGACCCUGGACAGUAUGGGCAAUCUUGUACUAGUGCACAAGGCACAGGGCCUCUUCACCAAGGCAGAACAACUCGCAGCACAGGUGGUGGAGGCUAAAAAGAGGGUGUGGGGAGUUGAUCACCCUAAUACACUGACGAGCAUGAGCAAUCUUGCACUCAUCUUUCGGGAGCAGGGCGCCUUCUCCAAGUCUGAAGAACUGGGAGCACAGAUACUGCAGGCCCGGCGGGAAAAGCUUGGAGCUGAGCAUCCCGACACGCUAGGCUCCAUGGUCAAUCUUGCAGUUAUCUAUCAGGAGCUGGGCCGUCUUGACGAUGCUGAGGCCUUGGGAGUGCAGCUUGUGGAGACGCAGAAGAGGCUGCUCGGGCCUACUCAUUCCGAUACGUUGAUGAGCAUGGCCAAUCUCGCCGGUGUCUACGUGAACCAGGGACAGUUGUCCAAGGCCAAGGAGCUGGCAGAAGAAGCUCUGGUCGCUCGGCGGGAGACCCUUGGAGAUGACCACCCCGACACCCUGAUCAGCAUGUUGAGUCUUGGAGUUGUAUAUCGAGCCCUAGGCCGGCUGGCCGACGGCGCAGAACUCCUUGCCUGCGGGGUCCAGGGAAUGAAGCGGAAUAUCGGUGGUGAUCACCCCCAGACCCUGGUCGGCAUUUCGUACCUCGGGCUGUUAAACAUGGACAUGGGCCGGUGGGAUGCGGCCGAGGAAUUGAUAACCCAUGUCGUGGAGGUGCAACGAAGGAGCCUGGGAGAUGCCCAUUCUCACACAUUGAUUGCCGAAUCCAAUCUCGCUCAGAUCUGGAGGAAGCAGGGCCGGCGAGCAGAGGCUCUGGCGUUGAUGAGGAGGUGUGUCGAGAGUAUGCAACGCGUUCUCGGCAGGGCCCAUCCGAAUUGCAUCAUGGCGAUACAGACUCUGGAGGAAUGGCGCCGUGAAGAAGAAGGUGUAGUGUGA